AUGAACCAAGCACUUUUAAAUGAUAACAAUAGUUUCUCCACAAAUCAAUACAACAUAGAAGCAUGUCAGGAAAAUGACUCUUGUACACUAUUCAACAUUAAUCCAAAUUGUAUGGGUGAUAUUGUUAAUCGAACAAAUAUGGAAGGUGAAAUGUUUAGUCAGUGGAGAUAUGCAUUGAAUGUGAUGAUUAUCGCUCUACAAAUUCUAUCUGCCAUCUUUAUAUUUUGUGGUAAUCUUCUAGUGAUUUUAGCUGUUGCAACAAGCAAGAGAUUAAGACGUAUUACUGAUCUAUACAUUGUAUCACUUGCUCUAGCUGAUCUACUUGUCGCAGUCCUAGUUCUACCACUUUCUAUCAUGCGUCAAGUAUAUGGAUAUUGGCCUUAUGAAUCACAUGAACUAUGUAUAUACUGGCUUUCACUUAACGUGUUACUGUGUUCUGCUUCCAUAUUAAACUUGUGUUGUAUAUCUGUGGAUCGAUAUAUUGCCAUAAAUUAUCCAAUGAAAUAUUACAGAAAACGAACACGUCAAACUGCAUUAGCCAUGAUUGGAGGUGCUUGGACAGUAUCAUUGCUAUUCAUGAUCCCACCGAUAUUCGGCUAUCAGCAUCAUACGGGUGUAGGACAAUGUUAUGUAAGAAGUGAUAUAGGAUAUAGAUUUUUCACAGGAAUCGCAGCCUUCUUCAUUCCAUUUUUACUAGUCACUUUCAUUUAUAUUCGUAUAUUUUGGGUGAUUCGUCGUCGUUCGAAAGAAUUCGAAUUUGGUAAGUUUCCACUUGAUCCAAAAGAACAUCGAUAUGGUUCGUUCAAAUUGUUGUUCAGUCCUAGCAAAAUAUAUAACCACCACUUUGUACGUAUCAAAAGUUAUUUCAGUUCAGUAAGCUGCAAUCAAAGUCGGUCGUUUUUAUCAAACUACAGACAGUCUGACUUGUCUGUUCCAUGUAUUCUACAUAAAAGACACGAAGAUGACAAAGAGUGUGAUUUGAAUCAAUCUCAUGUUCUAAGUACCACCAGUUUACGAUUUAAUGAAGUUUCUGAACAAAUGGAGCGAGAAGAUUCAGAUACGUCUAGACAACACACACAAUAUAUUCAGAUGUCCCGAGUACCAAUGUUGCAUAGAACGACGAAAUCUGAUCUUAAUCAUUUCUCUACAUCGGUGGUUCAUGAUGCCACAAACAACACGGAAACGUGUAAUUCACCAACUACUGACACAAAUGAAGAUAAAUUCAACACCGAUUUCUUUCAAUCACUUGACAAGACAGUUGACACUUCUGUGAACGAUCCACAGAAUGGUCAACAACAAGAACAUCAACACACAUUAAUCAGUCAGAAUAAACAAAAUGUAAACUGCAAGUCAAAGCAUCCAAACACAAACACUAAAAUAACUUUUAAUCGACGUGAAUAUCUGGUAUUUAAAAGAGAACAGAAAACUGUCAAAACAGUUGGAACUGUAGUGUGUUGUUUUAUUUUAUGUUGGCUUCCAUUUGCUACUUUUCAUCUAGUAGAAGGAGUAUAUCAAUGUGUACUAUCAGAACGAAUUACAAUGGCAACUGCUUGGCCAGGUUACUUGAAUAGUAUGUGUAAUCCGAUAAUUUAUGCAUUUUGUAACAAAGAAUAUGCUGCUGCAUUUAAACGUUUAUUACAUAUUGGAAAGAAUCUAUGA